AGGAACAUAUAUUCUGAUCAUAAUAUAUAUUAUUAAAAAAUUCAUUAUAAAAGAAUAAUUAUAUAUAGCGGAGUUAUUAACAUACUUUAUGAACUUUGAUAUUCUUCGUAUCGCUGUCUUUGUAUAAUGGAAGUAAGAUGCAAGCAUUGUUGUAAAUCGCUUUUCAAGGAUGAUUUUAUUUUGUUUAAUGCACAUUAUGAGGUAAAACAACAAAUGGAUGUAGGAUGUCAAGCGGAUGAAUCCGAUUGCUGCUCAUAUAUGAUUCCCGAGAAUGCACCAAAUUGGAUUAUGGAUGCUAUCAAUCAAGAAUCUUGGACUAAGGGAAAAUUAUAUUGUCCAUACUGCAACAAUCGUUUAGGAUCUUUCAACUUUGUGAAUGAGCUCAAAUGUUACUGCGAUAAAUAUGUGAAGCCAUCCAUAAGGAUAGUUAACUCUAAAGUAGACAUAUUAUACGAAAGUUUAAAAUAAUAACCAGACAGAACUUUCUCUCUAUAUAUGUAUACAUUUUUUGUUUCGUGUGUACAUAUUAUAAUAUAUAUUUGUAAGAACUAUCAUCAUAAAUAACGCUUGCGAAAUCGUGGAAAAUAUAUUUUU